AUCUAAAAUGUAUUUUCAAAGGGAGACUAUUUGCAGAUGUUAAUAGCAUAAAUUAUCUAUUUUGGAAGAGAGACUGGGAAUGGUCAAGCGUUUUCGUUGUGAACUAUAUGGGAUCGCGGAGUAAUACCAAUGGGUGUAAAUCGAAAUGUCCUUAUGUGGAGAAGAGUAGGGGGUUGGGUUUGAUUGAUUAGUUGUAGGCGGAAACAACUUCUAACUACAACUUUGCACAGUUAUGGUAAAUUAUAUGCCAUGGACAAUUUCUUUCGUUUACACUAAUCUGUGCUAAUUCAUUUGACCGUGUUUCCUAAAGCUCACAGAGAACACGCAACAGCACUAUAUAGCUAGCUAGCUAGGCUUUACUUGUUGAUAAAGUCGCUAGCUAAAUGACAUUUAACUAGCUAGCUAUCUCUCGGUUAGUUGGAUUUCACGGCAAUUUGCACCAACAAAUUGAGGAAUGGACAGUUUUUGAAUAAUUUCUGUUCGAUCACAACAUCGCUCAUUUACGCAUAAACCCAGUGGGUCCAUCGACCGCGGCGGCGCGAGAGGUUUGAAGGCCUGGGGGACAGGUUCGGAAUGUUGGGGGGAAACGGGGCAGGAUUAGGUACAAGAGCAGGGGGCGCACGACCUGGAAAUGGGACUGGGUUGACAGCUCUGCAAGUUAAUAACCCAGGAACGAACAUGAGUGGUGCCGAAGGUGGAAGGUUUGACGACCGAAUCAGAGAAUACUCAGCCGAGGUGGUGUACAGCGGCUCUGAACCAGAGUCCGACUCCGGGGAUGAUGAUGAUACCAUGGGUUCAGCCGGGGACCGAAGAGGGGUGAAACGAGAGAGAGCUGAGAUGGAAGUCGCUGCAUCGACGACGUCUAUGGGGCAACCCCCGGGAGGUUAUGGUGGUGUCACGGGAGGUGCAACAGGGGCAAAGCCAGGCAAGAAAACCCGCGGACGAGUCAAGAUCAAAAUGGAAUUUAUAGACAACAAACUUCGGCGGUACACAACUUUUAGCAAGAGGAAGACUGGCAUUAUGAAGAAGGCCUACGAGCUCUCCACUCUAACGGGCACCCAGGUCCUCCUCCUGGUGGCCAGCGAGACGGGCCACGUCUACACGUUUGCCACGCGCAAGCUCCAGCCCAUGAUUACCAGUGAGACGGGCAAGGCGCUCAUCCAGACGUGCCUCAACUCGCCCGAUUCGCCGCCCCGCAACGACCCGUCCACCGACCAGCGCAUGAGCGCCACAGGCUUCGAGGAGACGGACCUCACCUACCAGGUGUCGGAGGGUGACAGCUGCGCGGAGCCCCCCAAGGACAUGAUGAAGCCGACGUUCACCAUGGCCAAUCUGGCUGCCGGUGUCAACACCCAACCCACGUCGACCUCCUCAUCCUCCACUUCCUCCUCCUCUGUGGCCAUGCACUUGCAGAACAGCAUCCCUGCCACCUGCUGGCAGGUCUCGGCGGGCAUCAAUACUCACAGUGCCACCAGCAGUGCCAACGGCACGGUGCUGAAGACCUCGGCCACGUCAACGAGCGUCAUGCUACCCGGAGGGUUCACCCUCAUGUCCGGUGGAGGGAUGGGCCAGCAGCUGCAGGCCAUUCAGGUUCACCCCAGCAGUCAGCAGAGCUCUGUGAGCCACAGUGACCUCUCCCACAUCACAAGCAGCUCCACGGUGAGCCUCCCCACCACCAUCGUCACGUCCUCGGUGCCCUCAUCGAUGGGUGGUCACAUGAUGUACCCCGGCGCCCACACUGUCAUGUACGCCACACCUACGACCUCGUUGGGCGACGGCAGUCUGACCGUGCUCAACACCUUCCCACAGACAGCCCAUACGCAGUCCCAUGACCCCGGUGCUGUAUCGCAGGUGUUCCUCACAGGACAUCCUGGGACAGUUCAGAUCCCUGUGUCGGCAGUGCAGCUCCACCCGAUGCUGAUUGGUCAGCAGUCAAGCAGCAGCAACCUCACAGAGCUUCAAGUGGUCAACCUGGAUGCCCAUCACUCAAAGGACGAUUGACCCGCCCACAUAUAGACUGCUUUACCAAGACACACAUUUGAAUGCACACACGCCAGGGGAUCACUGACGCCUUGCCAACAGACUGCCACCCCCUAUUUAUUACUGCCUUUUCACCGCAAUCAUUUUGUUUAAAAAAAAUAAACCUUGUAAUAUGCACACACUUACAAUGGUUUUACAGAGAAUUAAGGUGUGGUGCUGCCAUUUUA